AUGUGGGAAGCAGGAGAAACAGUGACAGCUCAGGGCGUAGCCGUCUACCGCAAGCGACCUGGCAUUCUGUACUUCACCAACCGUCGUUUGGCCUGGGUUCCUGACGGAGGCUUGGCCCCCACAGUCUCUGUCAAACACGACGAAAUCAGAGUUCAAUAUGUCAGUCAAGAAGGUGCGGCAAGUACAACCAUGCGAGUAGCCGAGUUCAAGCCGGAUGUCAAACACACCUUCCAGUUCACAUCAAAUACCGCUAUUCAAGAACGGGAGGUGAUCAAAGGCCUCAUAUCGCGCAUUAUACACGACCGACUCCUUCGAGCCAGCGGUGGAGGGGCAUUAUCGGUAAAUGGGACACCAGGACCUUCGGGAGGAUCGGGAGCUUCACCGGCCGCGUCUUCAGUCAUGUCUGAUGCCAGUGCUCCAGGAACUCCCAAGGCACCACUUCAGGCAAGGAUGGGAGGACCAGGACCUGCUGGACUUCGGAGAGGCGUCAACGGAGCUGGAGGUGUAGAUGUGGAGAUGCAGACGCGUCGGGCGUUGCUCGCUCAGAACAGGGAGCUGUCGCUGCUUCAUACAGAGCUGGUUGUGGGGAAACAUAUCUCCGAGAAUGAGUUCUGGGAGACGCGGAAGAGUCUGUUGCGGAACAAGGCUGCGAUCGAUCAGCAACAGAAGGGUCAGUCGUCGGCUUGGUUGGAUUUGAAGCCACAGACGGGCGAGAGUAACGAUGUCAAGUAUGUAAUGACGCCUCAGGUCAUUCACUCUGUCUGUCAACAAUACCCCUCUAUCAAGAGAGCCUAUGAUCAGUUUGUGCCUGACAAGUUGUCAGAGGCAGAGUUCUGGAAGCGGUAUUUUCAAUCGAGGUUCUUCCACAGGAGUCGUUCAGGACGAGGCGCCAACGAACCUGACGACGAAAUCUUUGACAAAGCUUUGGAGGAAGACGAGGAGGAGACCAGGAGUGCGCCCAAGCGUAUCAAGCUGGAUCACAUCAACCGACUGGUGGAUUUGAGUACGACUGAGGAAGACCACUUGGAGUCCUACCUGACUCCUGAUGGAACCAUGAAUGCUGGAAAGACGAAGGAGUCCAAAGAGGCGAUGCCGCUGAUCAGGAGAUUCAACCGUUACGCUCAGCGUGUUCUUAACUCUACUAUCGGUCCCAAGCGACCUUUUACAGGAACUGAUUCUCUUGAUAUGAGCGGAGUGGAGCGAUCUAUUGUGAUGGAGGACCUUCAGGAGCAAAAGGAGUCUUCGAAGAUUAUACUAAACAUUCAGGACACGAGGCGCUACUUUGAGAGUCAAGGAGGUGACGUGAAGAGUAGCAAGAUUCCUGAUGGCGUGGACCCGGAAGACAUUUUAAAGCAGUUUUACCGCGACUACACAUCUCAUGAAGUCGUCCUGAACAAGGAAGCACUCUCGUGCCAUGCGGCCGGAAACGAGAUCCUGCGACACUUUUGGGCGUCGACGAGCAUGGACAAGGCCUCGAAGCACUUGCGAAUGAUCGAGUCAUUGAAAAAGAUUCGGGACGAGAAUGUCAAGUCGUUGAUGAUCCAAGCCAGUUCCCUGGGAACGGAUUGUCUAGACGCGAUGAAAAUGAUGUUGAAGCCGAUGUUGAAUGGUAUCCAGAAGGCACUCAAGCACGCAGACUCGCGCCCCAAACCCCUUAUCCGCAAGUUGGCAUAA